AAAUAUUACGCACGUCUUGGUAUUGUUUGGGUCUGGGACUUGUUGUUAGGGUUUUCUUCUCAAGAUGGAGUUGUCAAAGGAUAUUCCACAAGAGAAGGUUCCCUUUACAAAAGAGAAGAGUAUCCUUAAUGACAUCGCACAGGAGACAAAGGAAUUGCCCGGCUAUGGCUCCCUCACAGAGGAAGAACUCAUGGAGAAAGUAGAGAGCAUUCUGUUAGAGAGAAUAAAAAAUGGAGAGAAACGUGCAUACUUCCAACUGGGGCUAUUCUAUCAUGAGCAAAAUUUCUUUGAGAAGGCCAGAAUAUAUUUUGAGCGUUCCAAGGACUUUGAUUUCCAGUCUAUGUAUAUGUUGUCCUGUAUGUUAUACGACGGCCAGGGAGGCAAGCAAGAUGAGAAACUUGCCGUUGAAUAUUUAAAAAAGAUAGCCAACUCAGAAUCCAAGCAAGCAAAACACCUGAAGUAUCCAGCUCUGUUUAAUAUUGGGAGAGCCUACUUCCAGGGAUUUGGUGUCAAACAGUCCGAUGAGGAGGCUCUGAGGUACUGGCUUUUGGCCGCUGAUGAUGGUAACCCUUCAGCCAGCAUAGCUGCACAGACAACUCUCGGCAUGUUCUAUUCUCGACAGAACGACAGUCUGGAUCUCAAAAAAGCUUUCUUUUGGCACAGCGAGGCCACUGGGAAUGGAAGUUUAGAAUCCCAAGGUGCUUUAGGUGUAAUGUAUGAGUACGGUAUAGGAGUGAAGCAGGAUGCAGACAACGCCUAUGUCUGCCUAAAGGAAGCCUCGGACCGGGGCAAUGUGUACGCCAUGGGUAACCUUGUGGCCAACUAUUACAGGAGGAAGCUCUACACCAAGGCUGCAGAUCUGGCUGCUAGGGUUGCCCAGUUCUCGGAUGUGGAGCGCCUUGCAGAGGAGACUGGGUGUUUGCCGAGCUACAUCGCCAAGGGGAUUUCCAUGGGCUGUUUUUACUAUGCCAGGUGCCUUCAGGAGGGUCAUGGUGUCAGGAGAAACGAGGCUGAGGCCAAACGCUACUACUCUAAGUCCUAUCAAUUUGACCCUGAUGUCUGCGCUAGAUUACAGAAUAUCACUCAGCAUGGAGUGAUAUGAUGUUCAUUUACUACAUACCACGUCAAAAUCUUCAUUCUGAUGAUCAGCAUUAUGGGGGUGGAUCAAAAAGCCUCAGGGGUUCAAUUCUGCUGAUGCUUUUAUAUCUUAAUAUUGAUAUACACUGUAAAAUAUUUCUAUUUCUAUGGAGAUGUGCUGGAACUUUUUUUGGGAACCUCAUGGUGUUUUUUACAUACUUUUCUGUGAUAGUAUAUAUUUUUUACAUUCAUAUUACUGCUGUGUUAUUGUAAAAUUUUUGUUACCAUUUUCAUGUCUUAAUGAAAUUUCUGUGCCAACAAGUUUAUCUAUUUGUGUCUUACGGGCGUGAUGCCCAAUAAGAAUGGAGCCAAUUAAAUACUAUUUGUUUUUUAUCGAGCUCUGAAAACAAGGGCACCAGAUGUAUCAAUUUAUUGGGGAGGGGGGUGUUAUUAUAAUGUGUGCAAGUAUUUGUAUAUGUGCGAAUGUUUAUAUGGUUCUCUACAUUCCUUGCCCCAGUAUUUUAAGAUAAUUUACUGAUACUUGAUAACUCUUCUAUUUUGACAUGUUUGGGUGUACUUGAUAUGACAGCCUCCAUUUGGACUGAUCGUAGUCCUUGAAAUGGAUUUAUAUGAUUUCGCCAGAUCAUGUGUAAAUUGAGUGAUACAGUGAACCAUUGCCUACCAUAUUGAUCUCUGGCCUGGGAACAUGAGGAGUCUCCUCUAGUCUCCUAUCUGAUUUAUUGUACCCUUCCCUGUAUGUUUACAGGAACAUAGACCUGUACGUAUAUUGAUGGUACAUGUUUCAAAAUGUCUUGCUUAAUUUAUGCUUACAAACAUUCUUAAAGAAGAAAACUGCAGUGUAAUUUCAAGCUGUAGGGGAAGAAUUCAUUUUGUAUCCGAGCUAAAAUUUGCUGAAUAAAAAAACCCCACAGGUCUUCUUCUAUAUACCAGAACAUCUAGGUUAUAAGAUGUAAUAGUUAUGCUAUAGAACUGAUAUAUUAGAUUUAAAUUUAAAACUUUUAAAUUGAAAUGCAGUUUACGUACUAUAACUUAAUAGUUUUCUGUGUUUAUUGUGUACCGUAAUCAUGAGACGUCAUAUAGCAACAUCAUUGAUUUUUUUAAGAGAUCAAAAUAUAGACCCUUCUCAAUCAGAAAUACCCAUGCAAUUAAUCUCUUAUCAUAAUGAUAAAUACUUUUGGAGAUAUAUCAAAUAAUGGAGCAGAAGUGUGUCCAUUCAGAUCCCAUGAUGAGAGUUAGGGACAUCAUACCUUGACCCAUUUCAAAGCUGCACUGUUUUACCUAUAGGACUUGGUGUGACAUUUUUUAUGGCCACUUUCAUCUGGUGUUCAUUGUCACUGGAAAUUUCUUUGCUAUAAAACAGACAACAAACUUCAGAGUUUAUAGAUCUGCUAACCUGCGGCUCUUGUAGAUAUAGAUUAAAUAUUGCAGCCCGGGUUGUCAUUGCCGUCUAUACCUACAUUGUGUUUAUUAAUGUGUAUGCUUUACAUUUGUGUCAUUAGAUCGAUGAAUAUUAACACUCCAAAAACUUUAAUUGCACAAAGAUAAGUACAGGUACUUAGAAUGACCAUAGAAUACUAGAUGAACUAUUUUCUGAACUGUUGCCUUGCUUGAUCAUUGUAUUCAUUAUUGAUUUAAGAUAUUAUUUUCUUUUAUUUAUUUGUGUGCAAUGCUUGAAAGUACCGAAUAUCUUCUGAGUUUCGUAGAUGAUAUCUGUAUAGGUGUUUUCCUAGCUCUGUGAUAGUCCUACUGUGCUGCGUGUAUGUGUGCAGUCCCGUUACUUUAUUAUAUCUACAUGUACAUGUAUGCUUUGGUUGUUGAUUUGUUAUUCAUGUAAAGUUUUUGAAAAUAAAAAUGUUUCCAAUGUC